AUGUCUGGUUACGGCGAUUACAACCAGGGCUACAACCAGCAGGGCCAGGGCUACGGCCAGCAGGGCCAGGGCUAUGGUCAGCAGGGUUAUCCCCAGCAGGGCUACGGUCAGCAAGGCGGCUACGGCCAGGACUCCUACGGCCAGCAGCAGCACCACCAGCACCAGCAGCCUGGCCAGGGCUCUUCCGGCGACUACUACAACAACUCUGGAUCCCAACAACAGUAUGGUGGCCAGCAGGGCUACGGCCAGGAGCACCAGCAGCACCAGUAUGGCGAACAGCAGGGCUACGGCCAGGACUACAACCGCUCAGGAUAUGAUCAGCAGCAGGCUCCCGGACAGGCUCAGGAUGGCGAGCGUGGUCUUGCCGGUGCUCUCGCUGGCGGUGCCGCCGGUGGCUUCGCCGGCCACAAGGCCAACCACGGCUUCCUCGGAACAAUCGGUGGAGCCAUCAUCGGCAGCAUCGCUGAGGAUGCCAUCAAGAAGCACAAGCGCGACGCUAGCCCCGGUCAUGGCGGCCCCGGCGGUCCCGGCGGUCCCUACGGUGGACCCCCUCCUCCCGGCGGCCACCAGGGCGGCGGUAUGAUGGACCAGCUCGGUGGUUUCUUCAAGAAGUAA